UGGUCUGGCAUUCAUGGCAGUGGAGGUUUGUGGCUGUAAUCUUUUGUUGCAUCAUUGAUGGGUUUAUAUGAAUAAAAACACAGACCAUAAUAUCACUACAAGUGAACAGAGUAUUUGCCAAGCCCGGGCUUCAGUCAUGGUCUAUGACGAUACCAGUAAGAAAUGGGUGCCAAUCAAACCUGGACAGCAGGGAUUCAGCAGAAUCAACAUAUACCACAACAUUGCCACUAACACCUUUAGAGUAGUUGGAGUUAAACUGCAAGAUCAACAAGUAGUGAUUAAUUAUUCAAUUGUGAAAGGACUGAAGUACAAUCAAGCAACACCUACCUUUCAUCAGUGGCGCGAUGCCCGGCAGGUCUAUGGCUUGAAUUUUGCAAGCAAAGAAGAGGCUACCACGUUCUCCAAUGCCAUGCUGUUUGCUCUGAAUAUCAUGAAUUCACAGGAUGGAGGUCCAGCUGCCCAGCGCCAGGUUCAGAAUGGUCCCUCACCAGAUGAGAUGGAAGCACAGAGAAGACAAGUGAUGGAGCAGCAGCAACAGCGCCAGGAAUCUCUGGAAAGAAGAACCUCUACCACAGUUUCCACCCUUCAGAUAAGCGUGUGCUCUCCCCCCUCUCACCGCCAGUCUCUUCCUCCUGACUACAGUAACUGCAGUGUUCCCACCUCGGCUGGUGCUGCCCCGCCACCACCACCCUAUGCCAAAGUUGUGUCUUUAGCAUCUGCUGCCCCUCAACCCACUAGUAAAGCCUCUUUCAGAUCCUCCAGGAGAGCCAAAGAGCCCCCACAGCUAUUCCACAGACAUUCAGCCUCUGAGCUGUCACCCUCCCCAGGUUCCUCCCCUCCGGCCUGGCUGAACCACGGGACUGUAACACGAAACAUCAAGCAAAUCUCACUGUCUCCACCCCCACCCCCACCUUCCCACUUUCCCUUCAUCUCUCACCAGCCUCUCAGGCGCUCUUCUCUUCCAUACUCUCCUCAGUCUUCUGCUUCUCCCCUCCCACAUGCACCACCUGCCCAGAAGGCCUUUGUCCUGCAGCCGCAUAUUCCAGUCGUCCUGCCCGUGAUUCCUGUCGCACACGACAGGCUCAGAGGGUCCACAGGUAAAACAGGCCAGGAAACCUCAGCAAACGUACCUCUGAAUGGCCGUCCUGAAGCAGCACUAACAGGACAAAUUCCUUUAGGCUCCUGUAGGACCCAGGUGCAAAGUAUGGAUGGAUCCUUCUUCUCACACCCAGAAGCUGUGCCCACCUCCCAGCUGCCCCUGACAGCCAGCCCUCCUGGCUGCUUUAGCCAGGCUUCCUCUCAGUGCUCCCACCCGCCCUCUCCUCCUCCACAGCAAUUGCAUCAGCCCAUGUCACCCUCUCUUCCAUUACCUCCCUCGUACGCUGCUCUAUCGGAGGUGCCCGUGUCCAAGAGGACCCCUCCUUACAUGACUUCAUCAACCAUUUCCCACUUGAGCCCAGCACUUCCACCAGGUCACCCCAGUGCUGCUGCAGUGAUCCCUGCAUCGUCUGGGGGGCCCCCGGGUGCCAAACUAAGGAGAGUUCAACGGCCAGAAGACGGUUCAGGAGGGUCCAGUCCCAGUGGAGUCUCCAAGAGCGAUGCCAAUCGAACAAGUAGUGGAGGAGGUGGAGGGGGAUUAAUGGAAGAAAUGAAUAAAUUACUGGCAAAAAGGAGGAAAGCAGCAUCGCAGUCAGACAAGCCAGCUGACAAAAAGGAAGAGGAAAGCCAAAAUGAUGAUGCUAGCACCUCUCCUUCACCCAUUACACGAGGCGCCACCCAGCAACAGCAGAAUUCUUCAGACUCUGGAAAGAAGCCAUGGGAAAGGAGCAAUUCUGUUGAAAAGCCUGUAUCUUCGUUACUUUCGAGGAUGAAGCCAGUGAGCAGCAGCAAUGAUGUGGCUAUGGAUGCCUUAGAUUUUGAUCGAAUGAAACAGGAAAUAUUGGAGGAAGUUGUAAGAGAGUUACACAAAGUGAAAGAGGAGAUAAUUGAUGCCAUACGGCAGGAGUUGAGUAGAAUCAGUACAACAUAAUGAUUGCAAAGCGUUUGGACGGUACUAAGAAUGCUAGGAAGAUCGGAUCAUUUCUAAGUGUACCAAGGUCAUGCAAGAUGGUGAGAGAGGACACCGGCACUGUCUUUGUUCUUAUACCCUUUUUAUUAGCAGACUCAGCACACUUUGAAGCUUGCUGCUGCCUUGGAUUUGCUUCAUUUUAAAAGUCUUAACCUAAAGAAUAUUAAAUUUUAAAUUUCUGGAUUUUUUAGAUUUCAUCUGACACUGCACAUUGGAUUUGUCAGCCUUUUUUGUAUUUUGUAUUUGCUUAUUUAAAUGUAUUACCUUUCUUUUUAGUAGUAGAUAAGAACACACGUGAACCAUUUGCUUUUAAUAGAUUACUUCAAAGUAAUUUUAUUAGUAGUCUGCAAUGUAAAUGAAGAUCCUUUGCCAACAGAAAUGUAUUGUGGCAUCACCAGAAGAAACAGAGACACGUUAGUUGUCAGCCAACAAGUUCUUUGUCUCAGAGUUAUCACAAUAUUAAAAAAAAUGGUACGUCGGUGCAUCACAGUAUCUGUGUUCAUAUUGGUAAUAAACUGUUUAUUGUCCACAUGG